AUGGCUUGUCCCCAGUUCACUCUGCAUACCGACUUUGCCUCGCAGUGGGCUUAUGUGGCGCACCUGGCAAUAGACGAGAAAGGAUACGAUGCCAGUGAAUACGAUACCAAGCAAGUUGGCCUCCUCCAGGGCGAGAAUUUCGCUCCUGCCUACGUCAAAAUUAAUCCCAACGGCACCAUUCCUUCCCUAACAUCGCCUUCCCUUACGCAGCCUCUGACAGAGAGUGCGGAUAUUGCGAAAUAUAUAGAUGCUACUCGGCCCAACAGUCCUUCUCUAUUCCCAACGGAUCCUACGAAGCUGGCGAGAGUCGAGGAGUUGAUUUCGCACGUCCAUCAGGACAAGCUUUCGACAAACUUGGUCCUGCUGCAAGCUCGUGGCCCAGAAGAAUGGGAGGCGAACAAAGCAGGCUCAGUGGAGACCUUCCUCGGCAAUCGACAGGAAAAACUCAUCACGUACGGUGCCGCAAACCCAGAUAUACCAUUAUAUGCCUCUCGCACGCCUCUGAACGGGCAUAUAUAUGAUCUCUACAGGGCCUCCAAGAUUGGACCUGAACAGGAAGAGUUCUUCACGGCUACAGAGCAAGGGUACAAAGAUUAUGCUGCGGGGCUAAGGGAACUCGACUCUAUGUUGGUACUCCCCUUCGCAGCUGGCGAAACAGUCACGGCUGCCGAUCUACACAUUGUGCCUUGGUUGGCUCAUGCGAUGUGGGCUGCUGGCGGAAGGGAAGUUGGCGACUUUGAACCCCUCAGAGCACGAGUCAAGAAAUCCGUUCCCGAUUUCGAAUUCGGCGAGAAUACGAGGAGGUGGUGGGCUAAUAUCUCUGCCAGGGAGAGUUUCAAGAAGAAUUACCCCAAGCUUCACUGA